GCCACCUGCCCUCACCCCCAUGGUGCUCAAACUGACUGCAGUUCCAGCUAUGGCCUCACUGCUCCGGGCUGCAGCCCCGGGACUCUUCUCCUGGAGGGGGUACUGCUCCAGAGGGUUGCAGGGCGAGCUCAGCAAGGGCUUCGUGGAGUCUCUAAAGGCUAUUGUGGGGAGCCCCCACGUGUCCACUGCUGUUGCUGUUCGAGAGCAUCACGGGCAGGAUGAGUCCAUACACAGGUGUCAACCUCCAGAUGCGGUGGUGUGGCCCCAGAAUGUGGACCAGGUCAGCCGGCUGGCAGCUCUCUGCUAUGGCCAAGGUGUGCCCAUCAUCCCCUUCGGCACAGGCACCGGCCUCGAGGGGGGAGUCUGCGCUGUGCAGGGUGGUGUGUGCAUUAACCUGACCCACAUGGACCGGAUCACGGAACUGAACACAGAAGACUUCUCUGUGGUAGUGGAGCCUGGUGUCACCCGUAAAGCUCUCAAUGCCCACCUGCGCAACAGUGGCCUCUGGUUUACUGUGGACCCAGGUGCAGACGCCUCUAUCUGUGGCAUGGUGGCCACUGGGGCUUCAGGCACCAACUCUGUGCGCUAUGGCACCAUUCGGGACAAUGUGGUCAAUCUGGAGGUGGUGUUGCCUGAUGGGCGGCUGCUUCACACGGCGGGCCAGGGCCGUCAUUUCAGGAAGAGUGCAGCUGGCUACAACCUCACAGGACUCUUUGUGGGCUCUGAGGGGACACUGGGCCUCAUCACAUCUGCCACCCUGCGCUUGCACCCUGUCCCCGAAGCCACAGUGGCUGCCACCUGUGCAUUCCCCAGUGUCCAGGCGGCUGUGGACAGCACUGUACAGAUCCUCCAAGCUGCAGUGCCUGUGGCCCGCAUUGAGUUCUUAGAUGACGUCACAAUGGACGCCUGCAAUAGGCACAGCAAGCUGAGCUGUGCUGUGGCGCCCACACUCUUCCUUGAGUUCCACGGUUCCGAGCAGGCACUGGCAGAGCAGGUGCAGCACACAGAGGCGAUCACCCAGCAAAAUGGAGCCUCUCACUUCUCCUGGGCCAAAGAGAGUGAAGAGCGCAACCAGCUUUGGGCAGCCCGGCACAAUGCUUGGUAUGCACUCCUAGCCCUGUCUCCAGGCUGCAAGGGCUAUUCCACUGACGUGUGUGUGCCCAUCUCCCGGUUGCCGGAGAUCCUGGUGCAGACCAAGGAGGAACUGAAGACCUCGGGACUUCAAGGAGGCAUUGUUGGGCAUGUGGGUGAUGGCAAUUUCCACUGCAUCUUGCUGGUCAACCCAGAUGAUGAUGAGGAGCACCACAGGGUCAGAGCCUUCACAAAAAAGCUGGGCAGGCGGGCACUGGCACUCCACGGGACGUGUACUGGGGAGCAUGGCAUUGGGCUGGGCAAGCGGCAGCUACUGCAGGAGGAGAUUGGUGCUGUCGGCAUGGAGACCAUGCGGCAGCUCAAGGUCAUGCUGGACCCCCGAAGCCUCAUGAACCCAGGCAAGGUGCUGUGAGGAGCUCUGAAUACUUAGCUACCCUGCAAAGGAUGGACAAUGCAGAUGCUGUUUCUGCCUGCCAGUUAGCCCUCUGUAGCUGGGGCCUAGGGUUCAAGCCAGGAGAGAAGGCGGGCUCCCUCUCUGGCCCUCUUGCUGUCUUCAAAAGCCUUUGGUCCAGUAAAUGACCCAGCGUGGUUCCUGGUGAAGCUGCUUUCUAUCUGAUCUCACAUACCCUGUACUGGCUGGGGGAGAUGGUGUGGGGCCCACCCCAAGACUAAGAUCAUAUCCCUGUCAAGGUCUCCCCACUGCUGACGCCCAGGACCCUUUAUCAACCCUUCAUCUACUUGGGUUGAUAGGCAUGCUCCUUUCCUGAAAGGGGAGGGGCCUCCCAAAUGAAUCUGAACCCCAUUUAUAGCUGUCUGGAGAUCAGCAGGCAACACUUCCCAUAUACACCCUCUCUUCCUCUAGAUAGUGACCCAUUUGUCUGGGGCCUGUCCUCUGAUUUAUGGAACCCUGGGGAAAAGGAUGGUGCUCAGACUUUGGAAGGAAGCAGGUCCCUGUUCCAACUUCUCUGCUUCUGAGAACCUUGGACCUACCCACAGUGGAGGUCCACUAGGCUCCAGCUGGGCCUUAGAACUCUGAACACAUUCUUCAAGCAGCUGCUACCAAUUGUUAGAAAUGGGAGUGAGAUUAUCAUUGCACCACACUGCUCCAUGGUAUACACUCCAAAUCAAGGUCAUCCUACCCUGAGGCCUGCCUGUCUUGGGAUCCCUAGCCAGGGCCCCUAAGGUCCUUAGCAGUUGUUCUCCCAAAGCCCACUAGAGGGUGCCCGACACCAGUAAACUCAAGACACCACAGCAGCUGCGGCCCAGGACUCUUCUGUCCAGGGCCUGAAACUUUUAGCCCUGGGCCACCCACCUCCCAGGGCUGUGGAGCGAUCUGGCAGGCAAUCUGUAAACCCUCCACUCACUGUAGGUCCCAGGAACCUGUAGUGCCACUUAUCUCCCUCACUCCCAGGUCUUUGGCCCUCUUAGCAAAGGGGCUGGGUGAGGGAUGCUGGGAGCCAGUGCAGGGAAACAGCACCCUUCUGUUCACAUCAUGCUUUUCCCUCAACCCUCUCAGUCCCUAACCAAGCCUUCCAUGGGGGGCGGGGGGCACUCUGCAACUCCCUCUUGCCCACCCUCCAUUCUUGGGAUCCCUACUUUGUGCUAACACUGGGCUGUAGCAGACAGCAGUAACACUGACCUGGGUUUGAGGACACACUGGCGUUUCUGUUUCUGGCUGGGAACAGAGAUUAUGCCAAGGAUGGUUUGGUGGCAAGUCCCCUGGGCCCUCCCCCGACACCACCCAGUAUGCAAGCAAUCCAACCAUCAGCUCACCAUGGAAACAGCUCCCCAGCCCUUCCCCCUCCCCUUCUGAACAGACUGCAGGGCCCUCCCACAGCCCUCCCAGGUGUUGUGCAGUGGCCAGUCUUGGCUGCAGCUCUUUGAUGUUGCCCCCUGGGUCUGGUGACUAGAAGGCACACAGCAAAUGGCCAAUUCCCCACAAUUUUUUAUUAAGAAAAAUUCCAGACAUACAGAAGAGUUGAAAGAACAAGUACACUGUUCAGUGAUGAAAUACCAGCCAUUGAAGAUUCAACAACAGACAUUUUUGCCUUUUUUUUUUUUCCGGGGGGAACCAUUUGGAAUUACACAUUUCUGAAAAAAAUCAUUCAUCUGUAUAUAAUUCAGCAUCUACUUCCUAAGAAUAAGGACAUCCUCCUGUAAAGUUCAAUACUAUUAAAGGCUGUUAAGAUGAAAGGUUUUCACAAGGGGCUCCUCUUUAGAAGCUGCCCCUUCCCACAAGCAUGCUGGGUCCCCAGCAGAGAAGGGGCAAUACAGGCUUCUGGAGAGCAGUCUGGACAGGAGGGUGACAAACACCAGCUCCACUUGGGAAGCCCCAACAACUUCAGUCCCACCUCCACACCAGAUGCUGGCAACCUGGGUCUGAAUUCAGAGCACUGUGCAGCCAGCAGAGGGCUGCAGUGUGCCAGGUGGGAGCGGAAGUCACUGGGGGUGGAGAUGAGCACCAGCCCUGAGAGCCUGGAAUAGUACCGGCGUGGGCCCCAGCCUUGCCCCACCCAACUCACAACCACUCAGCUCACAUGGGGUGCUGCCAAAGCAGCCAGGCUCACACAGCCAUGGUGGGCACACAAAGCUUCCAUCUCCAAGUCCAAGGGUCAAGCAAGGAGAUCUCCUUCAGGGCUAGGCCCUGCCCUGGCAGCUUUGCUGGUGGAAUUAAAUAUAGAACAGGGAGACACAGUUGCCAGGCAGAGCAGGAGGUGCUGUGAAUAGAACAGUGCCCUUUGCAGUGACAAAGUUAUAAGGAAGCCUGCUGUGCAUGUGCCAGGCCUUCAGGGUAGAUCUCCUGACCCUCAUGGCGACCUCAGAACUGCGUGAUUUUGUCCCCACUUCAUACAAGGGAAUUUGAAGUUCGGAUGAAUGGUGUCAUUUCCCCAAGACCAUUUUGCCAACUGGUAGGGAGCUCAAAUGAGGACAGCCCAUGUUAUGGCCGUCAACUCCCACCCAAAGUGAUUCCAAUACGGACAUCCAGGCUACAAAUCAAACUCUUCUUCAGUUCUGAGCAUGCCCACUGGCCUGCAAUAAAUAUCCUUACAGAUUUGGUGCUUCAGGAAGCAUCUGAGGGCAGGUGACUUCAGCUGGGCCCCAGUACCAGCGCAGUCCAGGCUCCUGGGCCUGGUGGGCUUAGGCCCUGAGGCAACAGCACAAGGGCAGGCCUGGGAAGGAACAGGGCACAGAAGGUUCGGAAUUGGCUCUCUCUAGAGCUUUCCUUGGCUGGCUCUUCAGGAAGCCCUGGAAUGCAGCUCCUGGAGCCUGGCACAAAGACAGAGGCUGGGCAUGCACUGCUGCCCCCUGCCCUGAGGUCCUGCCCAGCCUGUAAUUUGCCAACUUUUGUGAGCCUGAGUGGUUGGUUCUGGUUCAAGGGCUCUAAGCUGGCUCAGUCCCAAAUCAGGGCCUCUUCCUGGGCCUCAAUGAAGCAUGCCCAUGAGUCAGCACUAAGAUGUGGAUAGAGCAACAGGCAAGCAGAACAUGGGACUGGGAGCAGGUGCUGUGAUGGAGGGGCUGGGGUAGUACCUGGAGUAACCCACAUCCUUACAGACUCCAGUGGCUGCAAGAUCUUUGCCCCUGCAGAUCUUUCCAGAAAAGUUUGGUUAUAACCACUCCAUUCCACAGAUGACGGCAGAUUGGUUCCACGAUGCUUACAAGGGUUAGCAGACUUGUAGGAUGCACACCUGAAUCACCACUUCCCCUCUACCCAGGUACAGCUGUCUGAGAACCAUGGCACAUUCACAGUGCUGCACAGUCGGCUGAAGGAACACUAAGGAGGUGGGUGAGGGGUGGGGUAGGCCUUGGCCCUCACUUCUUUAUUGUAUAACAAUACUUCAUUAAAAUAACAUCACACAGUUUAUCUUUUAUUAGACAUUAUUUUAAUACCAUAUCAAACACCUUGACUGAUGAAGAAAGCUUUUCUCCCAAGCUUUGAACAUUUUUAAACAUUUUAUAAGUUUUUUUUUUUAAAUAUAUAAAUACAGAAACCUAUCUUGCAUGGGCUGAUGCCAUGUGUGAACAUCAAUGGCUAAAUGUUCUCAGAGUGCCUGAAAACAGGGGUAGCAGGACAUGUUUAUUUAGUCUUUUGUUGAUUUAGUUUUCUGGGGGAAAAAACCCACAAGGGCCUAAGAAAAAUGUUCAGGCAUUUUUGCAGGACACUUGUGGUUGUUAAAUCCUCUGAACUGACCAGAACCAGGAGGAAAGAAGGGGGAAGACAUGGGA